GAUCACUGCCGAAUGCACACAGGCGAGAAACCGUACAAGUGCCAUUUGUGUCCGAGUGAUUUCAAUCACAAGACCUCGCUGGACGAGCACCUAAUGGCUCACACAGGAGAAAGGCCACAUCAGUGCCAAACGUGCGGCAUGAAAUUCAAGCGGAAGCAACACCUUGAGGAUCACUGCCGAAUGCACACAGGCGAGAAACCGUACAAGUGCCAUUUGUGUCCGAGUGAUUUCAAUCACAAGUCCUCGCUGGACGAGCACCUAAUGGCUCACACAAGAGAAAGGCCGCAUCAGUGCCAAACGUGCGGCAUGAAAUUCAAGCGGAAGCAACACCUUGAGGAUCACUGCCGAAUGCACACAGGCGAGAAACCGUACAAGUGCCAUUUGUGUCCGAGUGAUUUCAAUCACAAGUCCUCGCUGGACGAGCACCUAAUGGCUCACACAGGACAAAGGCCACAUCAGUGCCAAACGUGCGGCAUGAAAUUCAAGCGGAAGCAACACCUUGAGAAUCACUGCCGAACGCACACAGGCGAGAAACCGUACAAGUGUCAUUUGUGUUCGAGUGGUUUCAAUCACAAGUCCUCGCUGGACGAGCACCUGAUGGCGCACGCCGGCAAAAAGCCGCACCAGUGUCCUCUCUGCGCUCGCCGAUUUAGUCGAAAAUAUCACCUCAAUCGGCAUAUGGGAACGCUCGGGUGCAAAAAGUGGCAGCACUUCUUUGAGUCGGGCACAAGUCUUCCUAGGAAAACGCAACCUCAAUGAAACGAACACUUCCCUACAGUUCACUAAGCUAAGUGCCGUGCGUGAAGUGCCGUUUUAGUCUUGAGUAUGAGAUUGAAGCACACAGUAUGCAGCUACACUGAUGUGAUCAGUACUGCGAGUACUACGCUGGUGAUUAGUACUACGCUGAUGUGAUCAGUACCCUUCAAGGAAUCUGUCAUACUCUGCGAGAACACACAGGAUAGGCCGCCCACCAACCCUACGUGGCAGCAGCUCUUUCCAAUAAUACUAUAAAGACGAACACCUGUGACUUUUGGUAGGGAGGCGUGAAAGUGGAAAUUCGAGCGCCCAAGGUUUCUUCAUUUUUGGUGUUCAAUUAUGUAUGCCUAUACACCGUAGUCUCCAGGCUGCAUACUUGUAAGAUAUUCAAUAAACACUGAAAGUGC